CUUUUAAGUGCCAUUCAUAAAAAGACGAUUUUACUAUGAGCUGUGUUAAGACUGGUUUGAUCACGUAUAAACCCUACACGCUGAAUACACAUUAGCCUGCUUCAAUAGUCAAAUAAUCUGGCUAGGCCUCCUCAGUAGUAUUUACACACAUACAGUUACUGAGAGUGGACGAUUGAGGAAGUACUAGAUAUAGUAUAUUGAGACUUAUUCACCACUUUGGAUUUACUUCAUAUUAUCAGUGAAUAACAUUAGAGGAGGAAUUGUGAUUUGAGUUACAGCAAGUUGAGUGAAGUGGAGUUACAUGUAGAGAUCAACUAUAGUAUAUACGAAUCAACAAUUAGCACUGAGUUACAAGAGGAUUUACACAACAACCAGUAUAUAUUACAAGGUAGCUGAGUCCCUAUUAGUGCUAGAUGAGGCUACCAUCAGAUGAAAAUAUUUACCCGAUGAAUGGAUACCAGACAAUUACAUAUAAACAAGAUGCAGUGACUCACCAUGCAAGCCAUGGAUACCACCCUUUCCAACGAAUCUGUCUCUGGACUAUGCCCUGCCUGCCAGGACAGCUUUGACAGCAACAAGAAACGUAGGCUCAUAGACACAUGUGGCCACGAGAGAUGUUACACGUGUAUGUUUAACAGUGAGGAUUGCCCACUCUGCGAGGAAGAAAUGUUUAACCCACCGGCCCCAUCCCCAUAUACACACAGACGUCAAGUUAGCGAUACGGCUUUACUACAGCGCCCUCGUAUGAGAACCAAUGGCAAUCUAAAGCUCGGGAAAAUUGGUGGCAGCGCAGAACUCACGGGUGAUACCCAUGUGCAUCAUGGGACACCUAAAUUAGGAACAGCAUUGAGACACAGAGGUACAUUAGGGCCACCUAUUGCUUCUAAAGAUCACCACUAUGCCUCAAGCCAACGAGCCCCCAGUCUUCCUCCAAUGCCCUAUCCUGACAGUGACGAUGAAAUUAACAAUGGUACAGGACGUAGAAACUCUGGUAUAAGUGACACAAGAAGUGAAUAUGGGGUUGGAUUGGACAAUAAUAUAACAAUGCAGAAUGGACACUCACAUACUAUAGAUAAUAGCAGUCGAGUUAGUAAACAGAAUUCAACCAACCAAACAAAUCAAGGUGCUGGUAAACAGUUACCCCCACCACCACCAGAUGUCGCUCAAAAUGACUUGAUGGUAAGAUUGGGCCUGUUGCUAGGUGACAAAUCUCCAGUCCCAGGAACAAAUCCAGAUGAGACAUUUACGAGCGUGUCAUCUUUGGGGAGUAGCGAACUGAACACACCUGACAUCACCCACAGUGACGCCAGUCCGAUGUCAACAUUGACAGCAGCAUCAUCUGAGAGUGAAAGGGGCACAAUGGGAACAAGCGCGAGACUUAUCUAUAGCCCUAUGUUUGGAGGCUCUAGCCGUGACCCCAGCUCUGAGAGUAUGACGUCAUUAAUGAGUACAAGCACAACGAACAGUGUCAGCCCACAAAACACCACCCAACGACCACACUCUAUCACAAGUCAGAAAGCAACUGCUUUGGGACAGAUAGAAGAACUUGGAUUAUUUGGCAAGAGGAAAUCUUCCAUAAGACGUUCAGCUAAAGCCAGCCUCGGGAGACCUCCUGAUGGAAGAGGGAGUCAGCGGGUGGUGCGUACUAAUGCAUACAUGUUUGUGCGCCCACCAUCUCGGGGUAGCACCAGAUCUGCGCCUGGAGGUCCUAGUGGACCAGUGAGGUUUGCUCCCAUCAAGCCCCCACAGAUACAACUGACUCCCAUCAACUUUGAGGUCCCUCAUCAAGAAGACACUGCAAUAUUUCUGGGACGUGAAUGGGUCUUCAAGGAAAUCGAACAAGAGCUCAUUCAGGAGCCCAAGCAUAAAGGAGUGGUGAUCAUGGGGAAUAUGGGUUUUGGCAAGACAGCCAUUGCUGAACAACUAGUGAACUAUAGCUGUUUCGGAGAGGGCCAAAGUGGCCUUGUUAUAAAUGGAGUUGGACCAGGUGCUGAUAGUUACAGUCACUAUGGCAGCAAAGAACAUGGCUUGCACAAUGGCUUUAGCAGUGUAACAAGCCUCACAAGUCCUGGCAGGGCAUACCUCAGUGCCUCAAUGUUAAGCCUCAGUUCUGGACUCACCUACGACUCCCUCAAAUCUGUGGCGUCUCAAGUCAUUGCUUACCAUUUUUGCCAAGCAGAUAAUAACAUAACGUGCCUUGUGCCAGAGUUUGUGCACUCAAUAGCAGCUUAUAUCAGUCAGUCACCAAGGAUGAUCGCUUAUAGGAAUUUACUCAUUCAAGAACCACACCUGCAAAAUAUUCUCAGUAUGAAGGAGUGUUUAGUUGACCCUUCUAAAGCUCUAGUCAAAGGAAUUCUCGAACCCCUGAACAAUCUCAAACGCGAAGGGAAACUCGAUGAUGACAGGUGCCUUAUUGUGAUAGACUCUUUGAAUGAGGCAGAGUUCCACAAACCAGAUUAUGGGGAUACAAUAUCAUCAUUUCUCGCCAAACAUAUCGCGAAAUUCCCGUCAUGGCUCAAUGUGAUAGUGACUGUUCGGACAAUAUUAUCAGACAUCACAAAGUCAUUACCGUUCCAUCGAAUCAGUUUAGACAAGGUGAUGAUGAAUGAGUACAUCCAUAGGGACUUGCAUGAGUAUGUUAUCUAUAGGAUUAACACUAGCAAAGAAAUCUGUAGCAACAUUGCACUCAAUGGUCGACUGGACCAUGGAACCAAGCUGAAAUUUUGCAGUCAUGUACAGACACUCUCACGCGGGAGUAUGUUAUAUUGUAAACUAGUACUAGAUCUGAUAGAACGAGGACAAGUCGUCCUGAAGAGUACUAGCUAUAAAAUUCUUCCAAUUAACCUAACAGAAGUGUUCAUGUUACACUUAAAACUGAAAUUUCCAAGUUUGAGAUCAUUUGAGAAAGUGUGUCCCAUAUUGAACACAUGCCUCGCCUCCCUGUAUCCUCUAACUCUAACGGAAAUAUAUGAGACAAUGAACUCUGGAUACAUGGAGAGGUAUGUCUCGUGGGAGGAGUUCAUUCAAAGGAUGGAUACAGUCUCAAGCUUCCUUGUGCGACGUAGAGACAGCACUUUUAUGUUCUUCCACCCAGCUUUUAGGGAGUGGCUGAUCAGACGUGAUGAGAAUGAAAGCACACAGUUCCUAUGUGAUCUCAGACAAGGUCAUGCUCUACUGUCAUUCAAGCUAUCUCGUGUGAGUGCCCCAUUGAAUCCAGACCGUACCCUAGAGUUGGGGCACCAUAUCUUGAAGGCGCACAUCUACAAGACAGUCAGCAAACAGCUGGGCUACUCCUCCAGGGAUAUGCAGGCCUACUGGAUGUGUCUCAGCUCUGAUAGCCUCAGUGGAUCCCUGGUCUCUCAGAGAAAUCUAUACUCCCCUAAUGUAAAGGUGAGUCGUCUGAUCCUGUUGUCUGGUGCUAACCCCAACUCCCCCACUGACCACCUCAACAAUGCCCCAGUCCUAUGCACCAUGGCCCAACAAGGCUUCACUGACAUGUUGUCCCUACUGCUGGAGUUCAGUGCUGAUGUAGAUGCUGCAGGAGAUGAUGGCAUGACUGCACUCUGCUAUGCUGCCCAGAAUGGACAUCUUGAAAUACUUAGGAUGCUCAUUGCAAAGCAAGCACAGUUGAGUCAUGUCGACAGUAGUGGCCAAUGUGCGCUGGUCCAUGCAGCUCUGAAUGGCCAACUAGAGGCUGUCAGUUUCCUACUUGGCUGUGAUUGGCUACCGAAAGAUGGAAAUAGCCUCAGUAAAUGUGAAGCCAUGCAGCAAGCGCUUGUGGCUGCUUCAGGAAUGGGACAUGUUGAAAUGGUUGACUACAUGCUUGAGAAGAUAGAGGAGCACUCUAGGGAAGGAUAUGGCAUGGACAGGACUGAUACGCUCAUGGGAGAAACAGCGUUUACUGCAGCCUGUGUGAAUGGUAAGAAAGAUGUUGUGAACCUGCUCAUAGAUCGAGGUAUCAACAUAGACCAGGUGAACUCCAAGACCAUGCCUCCCCUGCUCUGUGCCACCAAGGCUGGCGAGUGGGAAAUUGUGGACACCAUCAUCAACAUGGGAGCCAGUGUAGAACAGACUGACAGACAUGGGAGAACGGCAAUGAUGAUAGCUGCCAGUGAGGGCCAUGUGGUUGUCCUUGAUAUGCUACUCAAUAAAGGUGGGUCAGUGAUUGCUAUGGACAAGGAGGGGUUGACUCCCCUGUGUUGGGCAUGUCUAAAGGGCCAUCAACACUGUGUACAAUCCCUGCUGGAGAGGGGGUCAUACCUGGACCAUAUGGACAAGAGUGGUAGGACUCCCCUGGACUUGGCAGCCUUCUAUGGAGACCCACAAGUGGUGCAAUACUUGAUAGAGCAGGGUGCAGCCAUAGAACACACAGACUACAAUGGCAUGAGGCCUUUGGAUCGAGCCAUAGGCUGCCGCAAUACCCAGGUGAUCAUAUGCUUCCUACGCAAAGGUGCUAAACUAGGUCAGGCCACAUGGGCCAUGGCACAUGACAAACCAGACGUGAUGCUGUUACUGCUGAACAAACUCAUGGAAGAUGGCAAUAUUCUUUACAAGAAAAACCGCCUUAAGGAAGCAGCCCACAGAUACCAAUAUGCCCUGAAGAAGUUCCCAAAGGACGGCUUUGGAGAGGACAUCCGUACCUUCAAGGAGUUGAAGGUGAACUUGUUCCUGAACCUGUCCCGCUGCAAGAGGAAGUUACAGGAGUAUCUACCUGCUGUAGACCUGGCUACCAAGGCCCUGGAACUGAAACCAAAGUCUUUCGAGUCCUAUUAUGCAAGAGCUAGGGCCAGGAGGGACAAUAGGCAAUUUAGUGAGGCCUUACAAGACUUAAUAGACGCCCUGAAGCUGGCCCCUCAGAACAGGGAACUAAGGCGGUUGCUAGCCAGAGUGAAGGAGGAAUGUAAGACCCAGAGUAAGAUUGAGCACAAUGGCUCACUCACCUCUCUAGCCAUUAAGGACAGUGGUGUGAAAAUGGAGGUGUGUGAAAGACCUCCUUUGCCAGUUGACAGUAGGAGAGAGGAAACGGCCUUAUGACAUAAGUCAAAUAACAGCUGAACAAAACACAGCUGUUUGUAGUCUAUGUAAUUAACAGCUGAGUGAGGAUCACAUUAAGGAGAACCUGACUAUUUGAAACCAGUUUCUCUCAACCUUGAGUGUAAUAGGGAGAUAGAUAGGGGGUUUACCUCCCUAAACAUUAGAAUAGUCCCUGUUGUGUUGGCAGAUGAACACUUCAAUUAUAAUCACAUGUAUAUGUGUGGAAACUAGAAAGGAGUUGAACAUGUAUUUAAAUAGAAAGGACUUGUUUAACAAUUUGGGGUGUACAAAUGUACAUGUACAAAUAUUCAAAGGAGUAUACAGUACAUGUACGUGUAGCAUGUACAUAUUGGAUAUAGAAGGAAUUGUACACUUGCAGUUGUGUAUUUUGUUGUACACAUAUUCGCAAAUGACACUUAAGCAAGAAUUUAAUAUGUGUUCAUGGAGGACAUGUUGCACAUCCUGAGUUGUAAAUGUAUUAAAACUACAGUAGAAAGGAGUU